CUCCUUUCAGCUGUGAUCUUUGGCAAACCUUAGCUACUAGAUUUAUUGCCAAAACCAACCGAGGUUCAUUGUGCAAAAAAGUAACACCCUGCAAACAAAGUACACAACCUUCAGUCCAGCUGCACACCUUCACACACACGCUCGGACCAUGGAAACAUUUGGCUUUUUAAGUCAUUUUAUCCUCAGCAUGGACUAAUUCUAUUUUAUGUAAGGUUACAAUGGAGUCCGUACCAGUGAGAUGGACGGUGCAUGCCAGUGAUCAAGAGGGCAUUGGAGCGGGUCUGCUGAAGGUGGGAAAUUUAAGCAACGCCAACCCUCACGAGCAAGAUCUGUUCCACGAGGAUGCAAAGGGUUCUCAGCAGUCCUGUCAACCUUGGUGGAGAAUCAAACUGUUUGUGUGGGAACCGGUUCUCUUUGGUACCUGGGAUGGUGUCUUCACCACGUGCAUGAUUAACAUCUUUGGCGUUGUCUUGUUCCUGCGUACUGGCUACUUAGUGGGCAACACAGGUGUGCUGCUCGGGAUGCUCCUGGUCUCCAUGGUGGUUCUGUUUGCUUUGGUGACAGUGAUGUCUGGGAUUGGAGUGUGUGAGUACUGCGGGGUGGGAAGUGGAGGUGUGUACUCCAUGAUCUCCACAGUCCUUGGGGGCAGGUUGGGAGGCACUAUGGGUCUCCUCUAUGUGUUUGGACAGUGCGUUGCCGGUGCCAUGUACAUCACCGGAUUUUCGGAGUCGGUGGCACAGCUGCUGGCUCUUCAGAGUCAGUGGGCAGUGCGAGGCUUGUCAGCUGCAGUACUGCUCGCCCUGUUGGGAAUCAACCUGGCAGGUGUCAAGUGGAUUGUUCGACUCCAACUGCUGUUGCUGGCGGUGCUGGCCAUCUCCACACUCGACUUUGUCAUCGGCACUUUCACGCACCUCGACCCAGCGCACGGUUUCAUUGGUUAUUCGCUUGGUCUGCUCACCCGCAACACGCUGCCUGAUUACAGCCCGGGAGAAAAUUUUUUCACAGUCUUCGGCGUCUUCUUCCCUGCAGCUACAGGUGUUAUGUCAGGUUUCAAUAUGAGCUCGGACCUGCAGCGGGCUGAGCACAACAUCCCUUUGGGAACACUGGCAGCAGUCUUCACCUCGUGGUUCCUGUAUCUGGUCUUUGUCUUCCUCCUCUGUGCCAUAUGUAGCAGAGAAGCUCUGCGCUCUGACUUCUUGAUAGCAGAAAAGGUCUCCUUGGUGGGUUUCCUGUUUCUGCUGGGCCUCUAUGUCUCCUCCCUAGCUUCCUGCAUGGGCGGCCUGUAUGGGGCGCCCAGGAUCCUGCAGUGCAUCGCCCAGGAGAAGGUCAUCCCUGCACUUGCCUUUUUAGGAAAAGGGAAGGGCCCAAACAAGACUCCCGUGGCAGCCAUUUGCCUGACCGGCCUGCUGUGCAUGGCCUUCCUUUUCAUCGGCCAGGUCAACGUGCUGGCCCCCAUCGUCACCAUCAACUUCAUGCUCACCUACAGCUUCAUUGACUACUCCUACUUUUGCGUGUUCAUGACCUACCAGUUGAAAAACAAAGACCAAAGCAGCCAACAGAGAUUCACCAGACAGAUAUCCGAGCCCCUGAUUGAAACAUCCGCCGCUGACUAUGGCAGCGGAGGGAAAAGUCCACAGAGAAAGGACACUUUGAUGGAGUUCACUAAGGACAUGGAUCGGAUCUUUCCAACAACCUUGAAUGGAGUUGCUUGGCCCGGGAAAAGCUCACAAGGGAGGAGCGCAAGCAAGGAGGCCAAGAAGAAGCUGAUGGAUAGUUUUGGCUUGGACCCGCGCAGCAGCAAUGCCUUUGCUGAUGAGUCAGCUCAGCCCCACGAAGGACCUGAGGUGGGGCAAACGGAAACCUGUCUUGUUGAGCAUCCACCUUCUGAGGCUCACAGCACAGCCACCGGAGGCAAAGCAGAGCAUCACAACUUCGAAAUCCAACCCCAGCCCGACUCAAUCUAUGCAAAGUUUAUAAAUCAUUGGAUGGCUCUUAUUGGUGCACUGAGCUCCCUGUUGAUUAUGUUUGUUAUUCAGUGGGUGUAUGCCCUAGCGAACAUAGUCGUCGCCCUGCUGCUGUUCUUCUACAUUGGCAAAACAAGCCCUGGACUACACCGAGGUGUUGCGGCUCGAUUCAGUUUUUUGAUGUGGCUCAAAUCAAUAUUCAACAGGAUUUGCAGGAGGAGGGCGUCUCCCAGAGAUGAAAUCAUCGUGACGCCCUCUCUGUCGGGGGUCGGCCUGACAACUAAACAGCUGACGGAGGAAAACGCUGACUUUGCGUCUCGCAGCCGCUACCACCAGUCCUCGUUCAUCAAGAGGGAUGAGACGGUGCAACCGCCACAUGGGUGACUUAAACGCUACCUCAAUCGAUUUACUCUACGCGUGAUGCCGUUUCAACAGUUAAUUGUAAAGUAACAGAUUUACAUUGACCAAGUCAGUGUGUGAGGAAUGACAAUUUUAUCCUCUUGAACUUUGACUUUCUUGAGAGAACAUAAAAUAAUACCACUGUUCAAGAUGCA